AUGGCAGUUAACGCUACUACCAACCCAUUGCAGCUGCUGCCAUUAGAGUUAGUGGACAAAUUUAUAGGAUCAAGAAUACACAUUGUGAUGAAAAAUGAUAAGGAAAUUGUUGGUACACUUCUAGGAUUUGAUGACUUUGACAAUAUGGUACUGGAAGACGUUACUGAAUUUGAAAUCACACCAGAAGGAAGAAGGAUUACUAAAUUAGAUCAGAUUUUGCUAAAUGGAAAUAAUAUAACAAUGAUGGUUCCUGGAGGAGAAGGACCUGAAGUAUGAA